AAACUGGUAUUUUCUGUGGAUUUAUCACUUGGGGAGAAUUGGUGAAGAGUAGAAGGUAAAAGUAGAGAACCUAAAAGUAGUCCAGCUUCAAUGGAGAACAAUAGAGAAGAGGGCAGUAGUUCUUCAGAAAGAACCAAAUCCUUAGGAUCAUCACGUUCAAAAAGGAAACCUACAAUUGUAACAAAAUAUGUUGGAUCAGAUGAUGAACAAAUCUUAGAUGAAACUGUAAAUGAAGAUAUUUCAAAUGAAAACUCAGAAAACGAUGUUGAUAUGAAAAGCUUGCCUAAAGGUACAGUGGUUGUACAGCCUGAGCCAGUGCUGAAUGAAGACAAAGAUGAUUUUAAAGGGCCUGAAUUUAGAAGCAGAAAUGCCGUUAAAAUGAAACCUGAAGCUCCCAAAAAGCGUGGAGAGGAAGGACUACAUGGAAUUGUAAGCUGUACAGCUUGUGGGCAACAGGUGAACCAUUUUCAAAAGGAUUCAAUCUAUAGACAUCCUACACUGAAAGUUCUUAUUUGUAAGACUUGCUACAAGUAUUACAUGAGCGAUGACAUUAGCCGUGAUUCAGAUGGAAUGGAUGAACAGUGUAGGUGGUGUGCUGAAGGUGGAAAUUUGAUUUGCUGUGACUUCUGCCAUAACGCCUUCUGUAAAAAGUGCAUUUUGCGCAACCUGGGUCGAAAGGAGCUAUCGACUAUACUGGAUGAAAAUAAUCAGUGGCACUGCUAUAUUUGCCAUCCAGAGCCUUUGUUGGACUUGGUCACUGCAUGUGACAGUGUCUUUGAAAAUUUAGAACAGUUACUGCAACAAAACAAAAAAAAGAUCAGAGUUGAAAGUGAAAAAAGUAAAAUCUAUGACCAUACAGUCAAGUUUUCUCCAAAGAGAAAUAAUUCAAAUUGUAAUGGUGAAGAAAAAAAACUAGAUGAUUCAUAUUCAGGUUCACUAACAUAUUCUUAUAAAGCACUGAUGGUGCCAAAAGACUUGCUUAAGAAAACAAAAAAGCUGGUUGAAACUACAGCAAAUCUGAAUUCUAGCUUUGUAAGCUUUUUGAAAAAUGCUGCAGAAAAUGUAGAAGUAAGCCCAACUGUGCAACUUUGUCAGCUAAAAGCUUUUAAAUCUGUGUUGAGUGACAUGAAAAAAGCUCAUCUGGCACUAGAAGAAGGCCUGAACCUGGAGAUACAAGCUUUGAAUGUCAAAAUCAAAGAUAAAAAUACCAAAGAGAAAAAACCUGAUGUUAGAUCAGAAAAAAAUGAGGUGAAAAAAGAUGAAGGAAAGGAACAUGUGGCAUUAAAAGAGGAUGACACUGUAAAGACACAGAAAAAAGUUGUAUCGGAACGGCCUGACAGUGAGCCCAUGGAUCAAAGUGUUCCGACAACGGAACAAACAGAUAACAAGCGUACUUCUGGUGAAGAUAAAAGGUCUGGCAGAAAUGAAGAACCUCAGUAUGAACCUAAUAGUACAGAGGCUUUAGACAUGGAUAUAGUGUCCAUUCCCUCAUCUGUUCCUGAAGAUAUUUUUGAGACUCUAGAAUCUGCUAUGGAGAUUCAGGUUACAUCAGAUGAGCAAGACAAUGGAAAUACAGGAACAGAUCAUGAGACUCUAAAUUCAAAUAUAAAAUUGAACACUCCUAUGAAAGAUACCAAAGGUGGUACUAAGUUAAAAUCAUCGGCUAAAGGAACAAAAGAAUUGAUUGUAAAAUUGACUCCUGUUUCUCUUUCAGAGUCUACAGUUAAAGCUGAAGAUCAAGACAGCAAUCUAGAAAAGGGAAGUAAGGAUGUUGAUGUAAUACCUAGAGCAGAAAACUCUGAUUCUGUAAAACAAAAUCAUAAUGCUGGCAGUGAACCUUCCACAGAGAACGAAACUGUCUCACUUGUAGAGGAAUCUGAUCUCAGGAGAUCACCGCGUGUGAAGACCACACCUCUGAGGCGCCAAACAGACGUCAAUCCUUUAACAUCAAAUUCAGAAGAAGAUAGCAAUGACACUUGUAAUGAAAAACGUAAGAGAAAAUCAUCAAAACAACCAAGGAGGAAAAAUGAUAAAAGAAAUUCUUCUGACAGUACUGUUGAUGGUCCUAGCCCUAAUAAACUUUCUAAAUCAAAAAAGCCAUAUGUAUUAGAUCAUAGCUCAGAUUCUGAUGAGAUGCCAGCUGUUCUUAAAGAAGUAGCUAUGAUGAGUCACAGUUCUUCAGAUAUUGAGAGCAAUAGUGAAGCACCAACAAAUGAUCAGAAGACUUUAAAUUUUCUAAAGAAUCAACCAGUAAAGGAUGAAAACGGAAAACGAAAAAGAAAAAGUUCCAGUUCUGGUUCAGAUUUAGAUGCUAAAAGAGGCAAAUCAGCUAAAAAUUCCGCUGCUGCUAAAAAGAAACGACAAAACUAUUCAGAUUCUUCAAACUAUGAUUCUGAGUUAGAAAAAGAAAUAAAAAUUUUGAGUAAAAUUGAGUCUGCAAAAAAAGCUAAGAAAAAAUACUCACGAAAAGAAGAUAGUUAUGAUUCCUCUGAAGAAGAACAGAGGAAAAAAGUAAAUAGUAAGAGAAAGAUAAAUUUGAAGAAACAGAGAGAGAAAUCUUCUGAAGAUGGUGAUGCUGAAAAGUCUUCCCCAGAGAAGGAGAUUAAUCAUUCUUCUCAAGAUAAAAUUGGUAAGGGGUCAGCUGCUAAGGAAAGGAUAAACAGAGACUUAAAAGAAAAAACUGUAAAGGGAAAGCACGAUGAGUCUUCUGAUGUUGAGAAGUCUUCACUGGAGAAAGAGGAGAGUUGUCCUAAAGGUGUAAAGCUAACUGAAGUUAAGAAGAGCAAGGAUUUGAAAAAGAAAAAGGCACAGGAAGAUUCUUCUUCAGAGAGUACUGAGAAAUCUGCAAAGAAGGAGCAGGAUUUUGAUUCUUCAAAAGACAGAUCCAAGAAUAAAAAGGGAUCAGAAAGCAAAGCGAAGAAAUCUGAAAAACUGAAAAAGAAAAGUUACAAGAAAGAACAAGAUGAUUCCUCUUCAGAUGUUGAAAAGUCAUGUCCAGAGAAAGGAAGUUGCAAUUCUUCUGAAAAUGACAAAACUAAAAAUGAACCAGUGUUUAAAGAAAAGAAAAGGAGGAAUUUAAGAGAGAGAGUAUCCAAAAGAGUACAGAUUGAUUUAUCCUCUGAUGCUGAGAAAUCUCCCCUGAAAGAGGAGAGUUCUUCUGAAGAUGCUGUGCGGAGUAAAAAACAAACUGAAACUAAAGAAAAGAAAAAAAUAAGUCACAAAAAGAAAAUUUCCAAGAAAGAACAGAAUGACUCAUUGUCCUCUUCUGAUGAGGAGUCUUAUGAAGACAGUAAGAAAAAGAUUAAAAGAGGGUCAAUGAAAGAAAGUAAAAAGAGUAACUUAAAAAAGAAAGUGUCAAAAAAGAAGGUGGUUGUCACUUCGUCUUCCUCGUCUGAUAAGGAAGAAAAUGAUGAACAGAAUUCAACAGGUGAAGGAAGCAGUGAUGAGCAGAAAAUUAUGCCAGUGACUGAAAACUUAAUGCUGUCUGCUGGUACAGGAUUUUGUCAGUCAUCAGGAGAUGAGGGAGAGACUAAAUCAAGGGCUGUUCCAAUGGAGGAGGAGGAAGAUGAUGAUGAUGACGAUCCUGAGAAUAGAAUUGCCAAGAAAAUGCUUUUAGAAGAAAUCAAAGCCAAUCUUUCCUCUGAUGAGGAUGCAUCUUCAGAUGAUGAAUCGGAUGAAGGAAAAAAGAAAACUGGAAAGCAAAAUGAAAACACAGGAGAUGAUGAAGAGAAUGAAAAGGAAGAUAAUUCUGAAUCGGAUUCAGAGGAAGAAGAAUCAAAGAAGCCUAGAUACAGACACAGACUGCUGAGGCACAAGCUGACAGUGAGUGACGGAGAAUCUGGUGAAGAAAAAAAGGUGAAACCAAAAGACAAAAAAGAAGGGAAACGCAGAAGUAGAAGGAAAGUGAGCAGCGAUGAUUCAAAUGACUCUGAGUUUCAUGAAUCUGCAGUUAGUGAAGAAGUGAGUGAGUCUGAAGAUGACCAACGUCCAAGAACAAGAUCUGCCAAGAAAGCUGAGGCGGAAGAAAACCAACGCAGUUACAAACAGAAAAAGAAACGAAGGCGUAUAAAGGUUCAAGAGGAUUCUUCAAGUGAAAACAACAAUAAGAGUAAUUCUGAGGAUGAGGACAAUGAUGAUUCAAAAUCUCCUGGAAAAGGCAGAAAGAAAAUAAGGAAAAUUAUUAAAGAUGAUAAACUUAGAACAGAAACACAAAAUGCACUUAAAGAAGAAGAAGAAAGAAGAAAACGUAUAGCAGAAAGAGAACGGGAGAGAGAGAAAUUGAGAGAGGUGAUAGAGAUAGAAGAUGCUUCACCUCUGAAAUGUCCCAUUACAACUAAGCUGGUUUUAGAUGAAGAUGAAGAAACCAAAGAACCGUUAGUGCAGGUUCACAGGAAUAUAGUUACCAGACUGAAACCACACCAAGUAGAUGGUGUUCAGUUCAUGUGGGAUUGCUGUUGUGAAUCUGUAAAAAAAACAAAGACAUCUCCUGGUUCUGGAUGCAUUCUUGCUCACUGUAUGGGUUUGGGGAAAACAUUACAGGUAGUAAGUUUUCUACACACGGUCUUGCUGUGUGACAAGCUGGAUUUUCGGACAGCUCUGGUAGUGUGUCCACUGAACACUGCCUUGAACUGGUUGAAUGAGUUUGAAAAAUGGCAAGAAGGUUUAGAAGAUGAUGAAAAACUAGAGGUCUGUGAACUAGCAACUGUGAAACGCCCUCAAGAGAGAAGCUAUAUGCUCCAGCGUUGGCAAGAUGAAGGAGGUGUGAUGAUAAUAGGCUAUGAGAUGUAUCGUAAUCUUGCACAAGGCAGGAAUGUGAAGAGUAGAAAACUUAAAGAAAUAUUUAAUAAAGCUUUAGUUGAUCCAG